CUUUAGUCAUUUAUCACGAUGGACUCUUUGCCAUAUUUCCCAUCCCCUGAAAACCCCACUAGCCACCACCCAUUUCCGCCGCCUCCGACGGUGUCUCCACCUCCUCCAUUCCACCCAAUUCACCCGCCGUCUCCGUCUCCGCCGCCUCCAUUCCACCCAAUUCACCCGCCGCCGUCUCCCUUCCACCCUAUUCCUCCGCCACCAUCUGCUCCCGACAACGGCCCGACUGUCAUAAUAGUGGUGGUCGUUUCGUUCGGGUGUGUUCUCUUCCUCGCCUUGUGUUUCUUUGCUUUAUGGUGUGUGAUAAAGAGGAGGAAGGAGUGUGUUGAGGAAACGGAUGUUAUACGGACUGAUAAACAUGUCCGGGUUAAGGAGGAGAUUGUCGAGGGUCCGUGUGGACCGGAGGUGGUCGUGCUCUCCGUGGAAAAGGAUGAGCACACCGAAGAAGAGAUCGUGAGGAGCAACAAAGUUAAAGUUGGGGGAAAACAUUUGCAUGAAAAACCCGAUCUUGAGACCGGACAAUCUUCUACUCCGGUGGCCUCUGAGGACACCUUCGACUGUAAAUACUGAUAAAUUGAAAUCAAAAUAAGUGAUUUGAAGGUGUACAUGACUUGUACAGUGGCAGUUUGGUGUACUGAUUAAACCAAAAUUGAGCUGUAAUAACAGCAGUAUGAAUAACUGGCGAUUCAUUUCCAGAAAGUGUGAGUACGAGAAUCACCAAUUCUUUAACAUUUAUGCUGCUUUGUACAUUAUAAUGAUAAUUAUUGUGCACGUUUCAUAUAAUGCAUAAUAGCAAUGCUCUCUAGAAUUCAACCAUAUUGUGAUUGGAGUACAAGAAAUAUUCUACAUUAGGGAUACAUACAUAUACAUAUUAUAUACUUCCUUUCGGCCCACUUAAAUAAAGUUCAAAAUAAAUUUGUAGUAAAUUAAUGACUUUACAUUAUAUUGCUCAACUAAUCUGUACCGGACGAUGAUAUCAAGUACCCAGGUCAAAAGUGUGUAAUGUAAAUAGAUGAUAGAGGUAAACUUUUUUGGUGGCAUAUCAGAUAAAGGGAUUCUACAAUAUUUGUAUAUUUUAUUUGUCUCAAUUAUAGUCAAAUAAGAAGCCAUUCAACCAAAGAGAAGUUCAGGACUACAGACAAUGAAAUAUAUAUAUAACUGGAGUUCGCUCAACAGGGGGAGGGGAAAAUCCAAAUAACUUGCAUCUAUAUUAUGCAGCAGCAAUUCAUUUGUACAAAAACCAUGUAUCAUUCAUACAAAAACAAAAAAGCUACCUGCGACAACAUACAUAUAGAUAUCUGCACAUCAGAAAACAAGAUUUCAACAAGAAAAAAUUA